AUGGUGCUUGAGGGCGUCAACAAUACAGCCCCGGAGAGCUUCUCGGAUAACCCAUAUCCCUCGUCGGACGACCCAUAUGCAUCCGCGUCGCCGCCAUCCUCAGGCGCUCGUUUUGACGCGAGCGCCCUACCUCAGCCAUUACCUAUCAUAGGCACCUUCAUGGGCUUCUCCGAUCGCGCCGUUCGCUUCAAGACGGAAACUACACUCAAAUUCGCUGAGCGCAAAGUCGGCCGUCAAUUGAACUCGGAGGAAGCACAGGCGCUCGCCUACCACAUAUACCAGCUCGAGCAGACAAAGAGCUAUUUCGCCGCCACGGGUGCAGCUGCAGGAACGUACCAGUGGUACAGGACAUGGGACAAGAUGAAGUAUCCCUUCUAUCAACCGAAGGUCGAGGACAUCGAUCGAAACAAAUUUGGCCCCAUCAAGGGCCAGAUGGCGCAGUUUGCGCGUCAUACGUGGCGAUUCUCCUUAUACGUGUUGGUGGCUGGACAGAUGGGCAACAUCAUCGGCCAGCUCCUCGCUCAGCCACUCGCUGCAGUCAACACAUCAAACGAUCCUAAACUAGAGCAGUUCGGACAGGAAUUGAAGGCUUCGUCACACGCUGAAGGACAAAGGACCGCACAACAAGGACGCGAGAUUCAGGACAGGCGACGAGAGUUCCAGGAGCAGGUAAGGAACCGCGCGGGAGGCGGCCCGUCGCCACAGGCUAGGUGGGGUAAGCAAGCCCAAGAAAAUGGUGAGGGAGGUGACAACAUGAGCCCGACCGCUGGAAACGAAGCAUGGGAUACCGAAACUACGGCGUCAGAAACAUGGGAGACUUUUUCGAACGACACAUCGCAACCAACUCCACAGCGCCAGCAAGGUCCGCCAUCUACCGAAGCUUGGAAUCGCCAACCAUCUCCACGACGUCAGUCCGCACAGCCAUCAUCACUUCCUUUCGAUGACGACGCUUCUCCUACCGGCGGCCUCUUCCAGGAUGAAGUCAACAACCCGCAGUCGCAGCCUCAACCGCAAGCAAGACCAGGGGAGUCGUCGUGGGACCGUCUUAGGCGCGGUGGUGCGCCAGCGCCGCUUCAAAAGCCACUACAACAGCAGCAAUCGCGAAGAGCAGAGCCUGAGCGCAGGGAGCAGAGAGAGGGUUCCACGCUUGGAGAUUCUUAUACAUUCGUUGAAGGUGAUGAUGAAAGGGCUAGGGAGAGGGAGCGUGCACAACAAGAGUUUGAUGCUAGAUUAGAGCGAGAGCGCCAGGGACGCGAUUUUGACGAAAACAAGAGGUGGUAA